AAAUUAUAGGAAAAAUACGCGAUAGCAAUUACAAUUUUUUUACAUAAUGUGUAAUAUGUAGCGAACAAGUUCAUAAUAUCCGAGAAAAUCAUGUUUUUCUUCAGGAUCAUUCGCCCUGUCGGUAGAUUUACCAGUUUGAAAAACAUCCAUUUGUAUCCUUUAUAUAAUUUACAAAAACAACUAAUAAGCAAAUAUAAAUGGACUAGAAAUAGCAAUGACAAUGUUAAAUCAAUUUUACAAGCAUCUUCUGCAAUCGGCCUGGCCUUGAGCACGGUUUACUGCAGCAACUCCGAAUUGGAAGAAAAGCGAUUCUUUAAAUCCUGCUUAUACGGUCUAAUUCACGAAGUCAAAAAGCUAGUACAGAACGGUUUCGAUGUGAACAAAAGACACCACCUCGGCUGGACCCCAUUACUCGUUGCCACAGUGAACGGAAGAUACGAAGUAGCUGAAUACCUACUAAAAUCCGGCGCCGAUCCUAAUCUGAGCGAUAACUACAUCAAUCCUAACAGAACUGCUAACGAAAAGGGCAUGCACCCUCUCGAAGUUCUCAUGAUAAGAGACGAGGAAUUCUCCAACGUACUCAACAACAGGGCCACAUUCCUGGGGUUCACCCCAUUACAUUAUGCAGUGUUAACUGAUAAUUUGGAUGUGGUGAAAUUGCUGGUUCGAAACGGGGCUAAUCCUACUUUAGAAAGUGACGCAGGACAUACUCCUAGCAUGUACGCUAAAGAGGAAAAAAUAAAGGAGUAUUUGGAGAAAGAAAUCAAUAUUUACGAGCAGAAGAAGGUCGAAAAAGAACUGGAGGAGAGAAGGAGAUUUCCCCUCGAAGAGAGAUUAAAGAAACACAUCGUAGGCCAAGAAGGAGCCAUAGCAAUAGUAGCUGCAACUGUAAGACGCAAAGAAAACGGCUGGACAGACGACGACCAUCCCCUGGUCUUCCUAUUUUUGGGCUCCUCCGGCAUAGGAAAGACCGAAUUGGCCAAACAGCUAGCCAAUUACAUGCACAAAGGCAAACAGCAGGCCUUCAUCAGGCUCGACAUGUCCGAGUACCAGGAGAAACACGAAGUAGCCAAGUUAAUCGGAGCCCCGCCUGGCUACAUAGGCCACGACGAAGGAGGCCAGUUGACCAAGAUGCUCAAGAAAUACCCGAACGCGGUGGUUUUGUUCGACGAAGUCGACAAGGCCCACCCGGACGUGUUGACGGUGCUGUUGCAGCUCUUCGACGAAGGCCGGUUGACCGAUGGUCAAGGAAAAACCAUCGAAUGCAAGCACGCUAUAUUCAUAAUGACUUCGAAUUUGGCUAGCGACGAAAUCGCCAGUCACGGGUUGAAUUUGAGAAGGGAAGUGGAGACCAUCAAGAAAGAAAGGCUCUCCAUUCCGGAUUCGAAAGAAGCGGAUCAGAAAACUUGCGAUACGAUAACGAUAUCGAGGAAGUUCAAAGACGAAGUGGUCAAGCCGAUACUGAAGAGGCAUUUCAAAAGAGACGAAUUCCUGGGCAGGAUAAAUGAAAUCGUCUAUUUCCUGCCCUUCUCCAGGAACGAACUGAUUCAGUUAGUCGCCAGGGAAAUGCAAAUUUGGGCCGACAGGGCUAGGGACAAGCACAAAAUCGAAAUCAGCUGGGACAGGAGCGUGGAAUCGGCUCUGGCGGACGGCUACGACGUGAAUUACGGAGCCAGGUCUAUAAAAUACGAGGUGGAGAGAAGGGUAGUGAAUCAAUUGGCGGCGGCUCACGAGAAGGGGUUCAUCGGUAAAGGUAGCGAAGUGCAAGUGUGCGCUUCGUGGUCGGAGAACGCGGAUUCCGCUGAAAUUAGGUUGAAAGUUAAGAAGAAAGGUUUGGAUCAAUUCAUCGAUUUGGAUCAAACGAAGGUUUCUUUGAAGAAUUUGGCUUCGUCUAUUUUCAAGUGAUCGAGUGAUGGGUAUUUUUUUCCUAAGUCAUGCGAUGUAAUGUUUUUAUGGUACUAUGUGAUUUGUUUUGAGGGUUUUCCUCCGUGAUAAAAGAGUAAAAUUUGUUGUUUAUUAAAAAUAAAAUUUAAUGUGUAUAUUGUGCUACAAUUAAAAACGUUCGAAUACAUACAUAAACAUAACAAAUUGUCAUUUCAAUCGUGGUCGAUUUAAAAACGGACCGAGUCUGUUAAAAAUAGAGUCGAAUUUCGGAUCUUUUCUAUACGAAAGUCCUGUUAAAAUACGCCUAAAAUUACCAUACAGUGCAUUUCUUCGCCCUGUUCAUGUUGGAUCCUUCGGGACACUGGAAAUCCCUGUUGAAGUACUCGGAGUUGCUCAUGGGUCCUAAAACUCUAAACUGGCUGGGCGAGUGGUACCCGGUCAAUAUCCUCAAUUUCAAGGAUUCCGGUCGGUAUUUCGAGCACCAGGAGUUCGCCGCCGAUAUCCAGAAUAACUGGUUAGGGGUGUAAUUCAAUCCAGGCAGGCUCGGCUCCGUUCCGUGCUUUUUCGUCCAUUUUUUAUAGGCUAAAUAGGACUCUUUUAUUCCCCCGUUGUCCGCUAUGUUUUCUCCUUGGGUGUUUAUCCCGUUUA